UCAAUUUACGCGGCGGAGAGCCUCGCACUUCGCACAUUGACAAGCACACACAAGUACAUACAUCGGUAGCUCGUAGUCGUCGUUGCCGUUGCUCCUCGUUCGUACAUCGUGAGUGAAAAUGGCGUCCCUGGCGUGUGCACGGUUAUUGGCGAGGAACACCGGCAGUCUCAGGAACUCGCUGGGCGGUCGGCUGUGCCGCGCGAGCGGCGUGGUCGCGCAUCGGAUGCAAUGCGGCGAGCAGAAACUGUCGCAUUGCGCCGCGCGGACCGCGCUCGUCGUGCCGCAGGGCUUAAGGGAGCCACGUGUCAAGCAGGUGCGCCACUACAGCCAUAAGCUUCCGCUAUCCCUUGACCUAAUCAGUCAGCGGGUGCUCUUGGUUCUCAAACUUUAUGACAAAAUUGAAACCACUAAGCUGACCCUGGAGUCGCACUUCAUGGAAGACCUCGGCCUGGACUCCCUGGACCACGUUGAAAUCAUCAUGGCGAUAGAAGACGAGUUCGGUUUCGAAAUUCCAGAUAUGGACGCUGAACGGUUACUUAGGCCCAGAGAUAUAGUGCGUUACGUCGCGGAUAAGGAGGAUGUGUACGAAUAACGCGCCCGCGAUUAUUUAUAUCUUGUGCGUAUCUUAGUCAACAUCCGUCGUUGUUUCUACGGGGAAUAACGAGCCACAGCGUCUUACUUUUGCUGCCGCCACUGUUUCUUCUGUAUAUAGGUCUAUCAUCAUUAUAUGAAUAAAAAGUAAGCCAAUUGUUAAG